CUCCGAGCUAUGGGUGCCGGGUGGAGUCCGGAGCAGCGAUGUGUCUCCUGCUGGGGGCUUCGGGGGUCGGGAAGACCCUGUUGGUGAAAAGACUGCUGAAGCUGAGCUCCGGGGAUGGGAAGGGCGACCUGGGCGAUCCUCCCCCGACGCGGCCCACGGUGGGCACCGACCUUACUGACAUCGUGGUCCCAAGCAAGAUAACCAUCCGGGAGCUAGGGGGGUGCAUGGGCCCCAUCUGGCCCAGCUACUAUGGAAAUUGCCAUUCUCUCCUGUUCAUGGUGGACGCCGCUAACCCCACUCAGCUGUCUGCAUCCUGCGUGCAACUCCUGGGUCUCCUUUCUGCAGAAGGACUCGCGGAAGCAUCGGUCUUGAUCCUCUUCAAUAAAAUCGAUCUGCCCUGUUACAUGACUGUAGAGGAGAUGAAGUCUUUGAUCAGGCUCCCAGACAUCAUCGCUUGUGCCAAGCAGAACAUCAGCACAGCAGAAAUCAGCGCCCACAAGGGCACCGGCUUAGCGGGGGUGCUGCAUUGGCUCCAGGACACCCACAGAACUGACAGUUGACCACCAGGAGGAGAAGCAUGACUGGCCGGCUCUGAGGAGGAGGCAGAGAACGGCGCUGCUUGGCCUCCAGCGAUCUGUCCUCAUUAGGGACAGGAUGACCCAACAUAAGCCUAGGGGAUAGGCUUCUGGCCCAAGUUGUAAUGAUGGGUAAACUGAGGAACCCCGGUUACAGAAACUCCUUACAGGGGGCCUCUGAAUGAAGAUUGUCCCCAGGGCUUAGAGAGGAGGACAGGCUUGCAGGGUGGCUGGGUGUCCUACUCCCAUCCUGGGAGUAUUCUUGCCCACAGGUGUUUGGACUGUACAGCCCCACGGACUUGAUCUCUUGACUGUGGUGCAGGCUGUACCUUUUGAGUUUGUGACGGGCUGACGACGUGAUCCCCCACUGUAUGAGGCCGUUGUCCUAGGAAGACUGAGCCUGGAGUCAGAACGAGAAUGGUGUUUUCAUUCAUUCAUUUGCUCAGUGCAUGUUUAUCACCGAGGAGGGCAUAGGGGAUCCCACAAGCAGGUGAGAGUGAGGAGAGGGUCAGAGAGAGCGCAGGAGUUCCUGGCAAGCUCAUCCUGACUUCAGCUGAGGGGGCUUGUGGGAGAACAAGGGUGUGCUCAUGUGCUAGGGCCUCCGUAACAAAUUGCCACAAACUCGGGGACUUAAAACGACCCAAAUUUACGCUCACAGCUCUGGAGGCCAGAAAACUGAUAGCAAGGUGUCAGCAGGGUUGGAGGGGGAAGGAUCUGGAGGCUCUGAGAGAGGCCGCGUUCCUUGCUUCUCUUCUGGCUUCCAGUGGCUCCUGGAAUUCUCAAUACAGCUUGGCUUGUGACUUGCA